AUGGCGACGCAGAAAAUUAAAAAUUUGGUGGUGCCUCCUUAUAUAGAUAAAUAUGGAUCUCAGAGCGUAACUGAUUCACAAUGGAUUGCUGCGCUUAAUAUUUGGACUUCAAGUCUUUCCUUGAUUUUAAAAUCAAAUGAUACAGAUUUUGCAAAUUAUUUAUUUCAUAAUGAGUCUCUUCAAAAGUUUUUGGAGUCGUUUUUGGGAAUUCGUGCAAAAAUUCGUAGAUUUGAAAUUAUGCAAAAUAGACAUUCAAUGGAGGUGGAUUUAGAUAAAAAAGUUUUAGCAAUAUUAUUGCGCCUUUCAGAACCAUCAAUUUCUUCGAUCCAAAUGAAAAAUGGAAUUACAUUAGGGGAAGCAUUGUAUCAAAAUAAUUUAAUAUCAGUACCAUUUCUACUUGAUGUAGUAGCAAUGUAUGGUAGAUCAAAUACUAAACAAAUAGAGAAAUUCAUUGAUAAUACAAUCAAAUCUGUAACAAAAAUAAUUCAAGAUUUUGAAAUGCAUUCCAGUGACAAAUUUCAGGAAAUAGCUGAUAGUGAAAAAACAAGUAAAAGUGUUAUGAUUGAUAAAAAAAAGCUUGCAAAUGCUCGAACUUAUUUAGAAUAUAUGUUGGAUAUCUCUAUCACUUUGGAUUGUUUAUUCAUAGUUUCAAAAUCCGUGGCUAACAUAUUCAACGAUAGACAAGACUUUGAGGAUAAUGUUGAUUUUUUAAUGACAAUAGAAAAUUUCUAUGAUAAUAUUAUACCGAUAAUUUCGAAAAUAUUUGAAUCUGAUAAAAAAUUCUCGGAUAUUUCCAGGGAUUUAAUUAUUUUGAAACAUGCAUUAGUGUCACUUACAUUCCACACUUUAAAUGCAUGCUAUUUUAGUCCAGUAGGAUUCACGUCCAACGAAGGUGAUGUAUAUUCAUUUGUCAAAUCGGAUGACAAGUUAGAAGACAUAGAAAAUAUAAAUUCUAAGAUUGAAAGGAUGGGUGAUGUGCUUCUUUUUUUCAUUGAAUCUUCCCAGUUGGACAAGCCAGUUGAAUCUUUUGUAGAUGCGCCAUUACUUUUAGACAUUGAAAUCGAAUUUGAUUUGAGUGGAAAAUUAAUAAGAAUAAAGAAUGAAGUUCUUAAUGGAUAUCCUUUUUUUAAAAAAAAAACACAUUUAAUGGAUUUAUUACAGGAUUCGGUGGACUAUAUUGUCGGGUCUUUGGAAUUACUGCGUAAUAUGAAUCAAGAAAGUGACAAGUUACCUUGGCAAAUUCGAUUAGAAGAAAAGCAGAAAAAACAUUUUGCGCGUUCAAUAACUCACAAGUCUGAUACAAUUGAUACAAUUGAUACAAUCGAGGACAGUGAUAUGAAACGCAUAGCCCUUAUAUCUCAGGUUCAGGACCUUUUCCCUGAUCUGGGUGAAGGAUUCAUAGAAGAAUGUUUAACAGCUUUUGAUGAUAAUGUAGAAAUGAUUAUUAAUCGAUUAUUGGAGAAUUCUUUACCAGCUCAUUUAAAUGAAUUAGAUCGUUCAAUGGCUCGCGCAUGGAAAGGUAAAUGGCAAAAAAUAAUUUAUGUUAAACGAUUUUACCGGAGGCGUACCUUUACACGAGAUGAUUUCACUCAUUUGCAAGAUGAAUUUGAUAAUCUCGUCAUUACGCAUGAGAGUGAACUUAUUAAGGCAUUCCAAUCAGACCAAUCCGUUUUUGAGAGAACUAGUGCUGUAAGGAGAUCAGAUAAACGUGCUAGACUUAAGAAUAUUACAGGAAUGGCUGAUGAACAACUUGAAGGAUGGUACAUCAUGUUUCAAAGAAAUUUUAGAGAUAAUCGUGAAGAAGCAUCAUCUAGUGAUCUUAGUAGAUCAAAAACUGAUUCUAGUGAUUUUAGUAGAUCAAAAACUAAUUCUGAUUUUAGUAGAUCAAAAACUAAUUCUA